GCGCAGAUAUUUCUAUUAGCUUGAUUUCCGCAUAUCAGCCGCCCUUCCUAAAAUCGUAUUAGCUGCCGAAAUUCUAGCUAAUAGGCUGAGCACUCUUCUAGCCUCCUUCCCUUCUCGUCAGCCGGCUUAUCCAGGCGUGAGAGCGCCGCAGCGCAACCGCCUCGCCCCCAAAUGCGAUUUCUGCGGUGAUUCGCGCAGCUGUCAGCAGAGGAACUCUCGCAAUUAUCAUGUCAAGCUUAUUGGAUUUCCUACAAGUUAAUAAGCAUAAGACAUUUCGGCCUAAGAAGAGAUUUCCCCAAGGGACGCUCCGAUACAAUCUUCACAAGAAAGCAGAAGCUACACUACAUUCUGGUGUUGAUCUUCGGACAGCCGUGAGAUUACCUCCUAAUGAGAAUUUGGAUGAUUGGAUCGCCGUGCACACUGUCGAUUUCUUCAAUCGGAUCAACUUGAUGUACGGUGUUGUUGCUGAAGUGUGUACGAAGCAGUCUUGUCCUACGAUGUCCGGAGGAUCCAAGUAUGAAUACCUUUGGCAAGAUGGAGCUGAGUACAAGAAACCAACUCGCAUCCCCGCUCCAGAUUACAUGAUGUUGCUGAUGGACUGGAUUGAAGUAAGAAUAAACGAUGAGAAUGUCUUCCCAACUUCCACAAACAUCCCUUUCCCCAAAGAUUUCCGUCAGAUGUGCAAAAAGAUACUUACGCGUUUGUUCCGGGUAUUUGUGCAUGUCUAUAUCCAUCAUUUCGACCGCUUAGUCGAUAUAGGCGCGGAACCGCACGUCAAUACCUUGUACAAACACUUCUACUUCUUCGUUACUGAGCAUAAUAUGGUGUCAUCUAAAGAGCUGGAAGCGCUGAAGGACAUGACGGCGAGACUCCUCGAAAGCAGUCAGAAUCGUCGUUUCAGAAACUUACAGCCUAAACUCGGUGCUUGAAUGAAUUCUUUGAGAUCACUCUAUGUUACACUGCUGCCUUCGAUUGUUGGUACGUGGUUGUGCAUUGUUCACUUGAUUGAAAAUUUUGUAAAACUCUAGUGUGCAUAAUCAACUAGUUUUUGCCCUGAACACGAGUAUGUCUUUGCUUUCAUUGUAAUCAUGUGUUUUAUUCAUUACUUAGAGCAUCCGCAGUUAGAGCUUCUAUUUAGAGCUUCCGCAUUUUAUAUAACACAUUUCUCAAAUAGCAUUGCAUAAUUUUUCUCCAUUAACGGCAGGGUUACGCAUUACGCAUUCAAAAAAUAUUUUUAUGUGUAUCUUAUGUACAUAUUUUGUA